AUGGUAGAAAAAAUUUUGGUGAGAAUACAGUUUGACGGUCUCGGUGGAGUGCUUUUAAACAUUCUAGAAUGCAACUGUGGUAGAGUUUGGCUAUCCUGCCUUUCAAAUUUGGCCGUGGAAAUGGGAGAUGUUCGAGAUCUAAGUUGGUCCUUCAAGGCAUACACAAUCCCUCGGAAAGAAAGAAGGCCUUCAGAAGAUUGUCAGUACGUUUUACCAGUGAACUCACGAGAAGCAAAAGAAAUUGAGCAAAGCGUCAAGCGGCUAACAUGGGACACCAACGACCUCAUCGAUCGAGCUGUUAGCAUCUCUUACAUAAAAAAGGUGGAAAAUCAAGGCUUAGAGCGAGAGUAUCACGAGAAAAGAGCGUCAAUGCGGGAUGAGGGAAGAUCACCCAAAGAGCUCACACAACAAUUAGCGUUUUGUGUUGAGAAAGAAGAUAGUCGUGUGAAGGAGAUUUGUCGGGUAGGUUUGGUUUGCGAUGGUGUGGAUCACUCCCUUGGCGAUGGACACAUGGGUGUGACCGUGUGGAGGUAUCCGGAUUUGUGUCUCAGAGCGUUCAGCUGGCCCACGUCUGGAACUGCGUACCUAGUGGUAUUUAAGAUUGUAAAGGGCCGCGCGAAGUUCGUAUCGCCAAAGUUAUCGCUUGUAGGUGAUACAGUGGAACCAAGUCCGAACUAUGACUGCCACGUGUCAAGAAACACGACUUGUCCCUCCGUUACAGACUUGACCACACUCAUGCGAAGCACUCAGUAUUACCUCUAUGAAUACGAUGACGAAGGACUACCAUCAAGGCGCCCGCGACACUGCCUCCCGUUUGCCGUUAUCGCUCUUCAGAGAAGCGAAGACAUAAGCAGUCCAUUAAAACCACCUGUCUCUUUAGAGAAUUUAGCGAGUGCUGUUAAGGAUUCUAUAAUACCAAUUGAGGAUAUCUACACUCCGUUUUUUAAAGAGGAAGACGGCAUUCUAGCGUGGAGAGGCCUUGUUACAUGUAAAGACAAGAGACUUGGAUGCGUAUCACUGCUAGCAGGACAUAAAUUGGGAUUCAACUUUUGGAAAUCGUAUCUGGAUGUCUCCUCAAAAAUUCCUUUAAAACAGUUAGGUGCGUUGCUGCCAGGGGACGUGAGGAGCGCAUGGAAAUUGCCCCUUGAUUACAGGAACUAUGUGCUCAGUCUUUGCACGAUGAAGGUGGCAUCUAGACAACAAGAUGAAACAUUCACCAGCUUCACAAGACACCUGGCCAUUAAAGCCAAGGCGGCUGGCGUUUUGUGCAUUGAUCCUUUCACUACAAUGUUCCUCGUUCCAUCGGGAAAACUAGCUGUACGUCUUGGAUUUUGCGCAGUAGCAGAGCCACUUAGAAUGUUUUGCAUCGUGUGCCGUCGUCAAACAAAGUCUCCACCUUCAGUCUCUCAGCUCACUUCCCCGACAGUCAGCCGCUGCGCUUCGUCUUCACCAGGUACUCCUGUUGGGCCUGCUGUAUCCAUUUUAAGACCGGCAUCUUUAGAUUUUAAAGUGCGACACAGAUCAAAAAUUGUAGUAUCCUCGCCUGGCGAUAGUUCUAGACACUUGCAUCCUCGUCACAUCGCUAAACGGUCCUUGUCGUUUUCAUACAGUCCAGCUAAGCAUGGAAGAAAGAGCCUGCAAAGAACUAAAAGAACUUUGAGGAGUGCCAGUAUCUCUGGUACCGUCGCUUUUCAGGGAGACAUCACAAUGUUAUCAGACUUUUCUAACGAUAAUAUCAUGUCAACGAGUAAAGAAGAGAGUUUUAAUAAUCAAUCGUGUAUGCCAGAAGUAGAUUCAAAGGGAAAUGAAGCAAACGUCGUGGAAGGUUUACCAUCAUGUUCGAAUUUUACUACAUGUUCAACGAAAUCUCUGAAAGGGCGGACUUGUAAUAGUCUAGACGUAGAGCAUCUUGAGAGUAGUUCGGAGUUGCCAGCGGUCUCAUGUGUAUCCUUUGAUACCGCGAAAAGUUCCAAGCCUGAAUUACCUGCACUAGACCUUUCUCUUUUGAGGACUUUGAAAAGGUCUUGUAACGUUUCGACGAAUACUCAAAACAACAAUUUAGAAUCAGUACACCAGUCAAACGGUUCGACAGAGAGGCAAUCCUCAAAAAAGUUAUGGAACGUCGAGUACCGACUCCAAAAUGACUCUUUAGCCAGAAAAAGCCAGGAACAAUCUAAAACUGAGACUAUGAAAUACCAGGACGUUUUUACAAGUGAUUUACAAGUCGACUCAGAAUAUAAACGGCCCCACACACCAACAACAAGUACGAAUUUCUAUCCUUUUUGGCCUGAAUCACCGCUGGUGUUGUUUUCCGAUCGGGAAAGGAUUCCAUUUCUCUCUGAUACACCUGUGAAAACACUUCAAGCCGAGGAAGCCAUUUCGGAGAUUCCGAAAGAGGAUUUAAGUGUGAAUCUGCCAAAGCCAAGCGUUGAAUCAUUUGGAGCAGCCUUCGUAGUUCAGACGCGAAGAGAAAAUGCUGAUUCCACUUCAAUGAAUUCAGUGGGAAGGCCCUUCAUUACAUACGAAGGUGAAUGUCAUACCAAAUCGAACUUUUGUUUGGAGAAUUGGAACUUGAAUUCAUCAUUCUUGAAUGACAAAGCUAACUUGCACAGGUCGAGGGAAGCAGAAUCACGAGAAGGAUUCUUAAAACCCCAGAAAACAAUGCACAUUGAAACCGCAGGUUCCGGUAUUAUUGAAGCUUCCCCCGAGCUCGUCAACUUGGAAGGCGAGAACGACUUGAAGAAAAGAGAAACCCGUGUAGAAAUCCCGCACCCGCUCGAUGAUAAUCAAGUUAACCAGCCAAUGGAGGUAAAUCUUAUUUGCCCUUCUAACGAGGAGCCUAUGGAGAAUGCAUUUAAGGAGACAAAGAGUACAGAUAUCUUUAAGGUGCACAAUGUCCUUCAUACUAUCGAUGCAGAAGUACUUGAGUCUCCACAGUUAUCAUCUUACCAUUCAUCGCCAAGACAACCAGAGUACGUUAAGAAUGCUGCUAAUGAUAACUCACUGCCUAUUGAAAGCCUCAAAUUACAUGAUACUGUUAAAAAACUCGUGCCGAAAGCGUUUUCAAGCUCUCUGAAUCCGACUGCAGGAGCAGACUGCAUUUCAAAACUGAUUGUUACACCGACUUCAGAGAGACCGUCGUCUAUUAUCAUUGGUCCUAGGAGCCCUUGCAAAAACGUUACUGGAAAUGAGAAUGCUAAUACAACUGAGGAGCGGUGUUGUGUGUUUACCACUGACUUAGGACAGCUAUGUACCAGGGUAGCCUCCGAAAAUGGCACCAGGCAAAUUUCAACUGAAGUAUUAACUAAAGUUGUGGAUAAUUUCCAUGGUUUUGAUACUAAUCAAUUAGCGGCAAGAGGAAAUGAUAUUUGUUUAGAGGGAGAAAAUUGUUUUGAAAGUGGUAAUCCGGGGAGAUCUGGAAUAAUCAGAGAAGAACGUUUGGAGGAAGUAGUAGUAAAAAUUCCGAAAGAAAAUCCUGUAAAGAAAUUGUCAAGUAGGAAACGGCCAUACCUUCAUUUGCCACAACAACAUUCUGAAAACACUGUUAGCAAAAAUCUUGCACUGAACCCCGACACGCGGAUGAAAUCUUGUAAACUUUCCGCGAUCCAAGUCAAACAACAGCAAAAUUCAUUUACAGACACGCCAAACUAUCCUGAAUUUUACGAUUUGAGUGUUGCAAUAGAGAGAGGAGGUGAAUAUUCCUCGGUGUCUCCAUCUAAGUCUUCAGUUUUAACCUCGACCGGAAAAGGUCAUGAAGCGCCAAUUAAUGACGUAGGAGUGGUAGUAUUAAAAGGUACCUCCUGUAGUAGAGGAGAGUGUGAUGUUCAGCCCUCCAAAAUGGAUGAAAAGAGUGACUGCAAGCCAUUAGCUGUUAGCUGCGUGGCUGAAGAAAAGGUUGAAGAUUUUCAUGAAGACACGGAAGCACACCAAUUUGGUGUUAUUGAAACAUCUUUAGUUCACGAUUGGGGAUUACAAAGGGCUUCUAAAGGUCGGUCAAGUAAGUUAAGAAAGGACAGUUAUUCCUUGCAUUUUGAAGAAAAUAGAUCAGUGGAAGUUCGUGAUGUACAUUCUGAACUCGACAAACCGCAUGGCCACACUGAUAUCUGGUCAGUGAUUGAAAAUGAAUUUCCAGAACCAGUCACAGUCAUUUGUUCACCACCGAGUUCGGUAAAUACAUUCACAUUGAGAUUUCCAGGAAAAGUCGCUUCUGAGGGCGAUGUGGCUGAAGAAUUCGCCGACGAAAUUAUAACUACGAAAGAGGAAACUCUACUUUUGGAAAAAAGAUUACAAGGGGUGUUUGCUGAGCCGGUGGUCGUGAAUUGCUCCCAUGAUAAUUCGGGAUUAGUCGGGUCACCAGGCGCUAGAUGUCCAAACAAAACGGCCAGUUCAAAACGAAAUUUAACAUUGUCUGUUUCUGGAAAUGUAGAGGCUUUUGAGCAGGUGGUCUCCGUGGCCUCCGUUCCUCAAAAGUCAAAUGAGAAACUACAAACAAGUAAAUUACCAGAAAGUUAUGGAUUCGUUCUCGAAGGUUCUGAACUGUUUGUAGACUCGAGUCCUAGACAACCACGCUUUACAGAGACAGAGGAAUAUACAAUGCUUUGGCGAUCAAACAAAUGGUCAGAGACAGCAGCGUCUCAGAUUUUGAAAUCGUCAAAAGAAGGGGUCGCAAUCCAAUCAAAGAAAUCAGGGGUGCAUGAAAAUCAGGUAUCACGAAGACAGCCUGAUAACGAGUCAUCAGCAAGAGAAAACUGUCCUUUUAAGAACCUUCAUACGAAGUCAAGCUGUUUGAUGAAAGCCGUAGACAACAGUUCGUUGCAGACUGCUGGGGAUUGUUGGAACGAAGCAAAGGUUACGACUGCAACAGAAGCACAGCCAUCAAGGAAGCGAAGGCAGGAGGCACAGGGAGGAAGAGAAAUUGAAACUAAAAGUCGCCAACGAAAAUUGGUAUGUUUAGCUCAAUUGAAAGGGAAAGAGGAAGGAACUGAAGCCGCAAUAGAAAGAGUGAAAAUAUUUCAACUCCCAAGUGAACUUCCAUGUUCAAAUCGAGGGCAGGAAAAUGAGGAACAAACCCCAACGUGUGGAGAUCGAGUUAAAACAGAAAAUUGCCUAGAUAAAUUAAAAUGUUCAGCACGACCUCAGGGACACGACACACGUCAAGAAAAUGACGUAGCUUCUCUAAGAACAGUUAAUUGCAUGAGUAACCUGUAUUGCACGAGGGAAAGGCUCAGGAAAGAAAAACAAACUCAAGACUCCAUGGAGCGACUGCCACUCAAGCAAGCGCACAACAGUAGGACACACGCAACAAAUGCAGAAGAAAAAGUGGAUUUGAUACGUUCAGGCAAAGCAUGCGUAACAUUAGAACGUAAGGCCCGGAUGGAAGCAAAAAACACGGCACAAGAGGAGAAGAAGAAAUUUGUAACCUUUGCUCCAACUCCGAUCAAGAAAAGCCAAGGAAAAGAUUUGAUUAAGGAGAGGAGGGAACAGGGGUCAAGUUUAACCUGUUCGUCAGGUCACCCAUACGUGAAAGCGGAUAGGCAUCCUGAAAACUUAGAGGAUAAACUGCGACCAAGCAUGAAUGAGUCACCCAAGGCUAAAGAAGUCUUAGGGCAAGAACCAGUGGCCCCCAGCGGUAUACAAUCAGAAGCGUAUCCGAAAAACCCAAUUGCAAGUGACCUCAAGAAUUCAUCUUUGAGAGAUGACAAACACUUUAUAGCUACUUUGGAUGCAGUGAAAACAAGUGGGUUUGAUAGUCCAACAGAAGGGCGAAGCAGCAGCCAGACCGUACGCAGUGGAGAAAAAAGCGCCUCAGACCCCGCUGGAACAAAAGAAAUCGGUUUCAAGUGGGCUGACCGGAAUGCUUUUACGGCGAGGCAUCUAAAACAGGAUAAGAUCACCAACCCUAAAAAAUCAGUGAACGCUACCAUAAGUCAGCAGGACUUCUCGAAAAAGCUUGAAAAAAAUGUUCAAGUUGAUAUAAACAAGGAUCGUCGUUCUGAAAAAAGACGUGACAGAGAACCCCUUGGUGGGAUUAAGCCUUUGGGGGACAUCGACGAUGUUGAGAAAGAUGCGCACGCCUGUAACAGGACGAUAAGUGGGGAGAGGAAAAAUGAACAAUUGAAGUCGAGUUCGACACCGCUACUGAGUAACACUGGAAGGCGCCGGAAUUUUGAACCAAAAGCUCCCAAUAAUGUUUUUGUGCCGAUCUUCUCUGAUGACAAACGUCUUAUCGGACAUUACACUGAAAGUAGUCAUCGUGACCAUAAUCAAGGGUUGGAUACAAAUGACACCGUUUUGAGUCCUAACAAUCAAGCGUACGCUUAUCCCCGUUGGGUUGCACCAAUACGACCUGGACAUUCCUCUUUGCAACACAAUGAGACCAAAGGUCUGCCUCAAUUUAUUUCAAACGCUUCGAACCGGUACUCACAGAGAGGCAUUACAAAUCGGACCAGGUUUCAAUUAGUUUACCCCAGAUUUCCAAACUAUGGUAGACCUGUGUUUGUUCGUGGUAUGUGGCAGGCACGCCCUGUUCUUACAUUGCCCGGCCCCUGGCCGUCCCCAGGAAAUACCUAUCGAGUACCUAACACCCCUAUUCGUCCGAGAUGAGUAGGUUGUAGCGCCAGUUGCAAACGUGUCAAAAAAACAAAGAAAUAGGGUCAUAGUUUUAUACUAAGUUAAAAUAGAGAUUUCAAAAAAAAUUUUAUACACUAUUUGCACAAAGUCAAUUUCCAGUAGAGCGGUUAGGUCACACAAAUUUAAUGGCACGAUUGACAAAGUAACUGGUUCGAAUGUCCUAACGAAGGCAGGGGCAGUAUUGUUUCAAUUUUUUGUUGGUAAUUUUCGUGGUCGCUUUCUUUUGGAUUACACUUCUCAGUAUUCCUUUACCGUUGAGUACCAAAGAAAUCGAUGUAUAUUUCACCUACAGCUGUUGGAACUAUUCAAUGUACGUAUUUCAUUUUUACAAAUAAUUGACAUGGAGUGCAAGCUCAUCAUAAUGAACGUUUGGUUACCUUUACACACUUUCAUAGCUUUACACUUGUUGCGUUCUUAAAGGAAAAAUUUCGCGGGUGGCGGUUUUGUGGGCGUCGGUUGAAGGGUAUGAAGGCGAGGGAGCCGCGAACCGAGAGUUCUAGCCCUUGAAUUGCAGCAG